CUGGAACUAUCACUGUUUUUACGAUAAGUAACUGAAAAUGUCGGAAAUUUCCAUGUCAGAAGCGCCACACUUGCAACAAAUUGAUCUGACAACUUUAAAUCUGCAACAACUUACGGUAUUGAAGCAGCAAUUGGAUCAAGAGCUAGGUGUCUUUCAGGACUCGUUGCAAACUUCGAAAGUUGCUCAAAGUAAAUUUCAAGAAUCAGGAUUGUGUCUCGAGAAGAUUUCACCGGCUGCGACGGGUAAUGAAAUCCUGGUACCAUUAACUGGAUCAAUGUAUGUCGCUGGAAAGCUUGCAGACACAAGUCAUGUGCUAGUUGACACACGGGAUAUCAGAACUUGAGUAAGCGAAGCCAUCAAGGGGGGAAGGACGUCGGG